GUCAGGAUAAGGAAUGUAAAGAUGGUGCCUUUAUCUGUAGGUUUAUGUUUGUGUGAGAGUGUGUUUUUUGCCUCUCUCCCUGAGGCUUUGGAACAAGUCUUUCCAGGCCUUCUGUGUGUCUUUUUCUCUCUCUCUCCCUGCCCUGGGUGGAGCUCUGUUUCUCUUUCUGUCUGAUACAGGAAUCUAACCAUUUCAGGAACAGGCAGGCAAAAGGGGAAGAGACCGUGUUUCAUCCACUCACCUGAAAGGUUCCCCCUUUUCCUUCCGGUGCCUGACAAUGGCUCGCCGAUCCCAGUGUUCAUCCCAAACAGAUAAUCCUCUGGACCCCAGCUACUUGGAACCCCACUACAAAGAAUAUUACCGGCAAGCCAUUGACAUCCUAGCAAUUGAUGGUGAAGAGAAGUAUUAUCAGUUCCUGGACAGUAAUAACUUUCCUGAUUUUCUAUGUGCCAAGGAAAUUGAACACAUCAAAAAGUACCUGCAAAAGCCACAGUAUCAGCCUAAUGAGACUACUUACAUGGAACCCGUGCUGCACAUUGAUGAUGAUGAGGAUGGCUCUUCAGGCACCUAUUGGCCUCUACAUUCUGACAUUGCUGCCCCUGAGCUUGACUUGGGAUGGCCAAUGAUUCGUGGAUUUCAGGGAACAUCUGAGGUUACUACAUUAGUCCACCCACCACCACUGGAUAGCCCCAGCAUUAAGGAAGAGCUCAGAAGAAUGAUUAAAUCAGCACGACAGGUGAUCGGCAUUGUGAUGGAUAUUUUCACUGACAUAGACCUUUUUAAAGAUUUGUUGGAUGCUGCCGCUCGAAGGGUCCCUGUUUAUGUUCUCCUUGAUGAGUUCCAUUCAAAUUAUUUCAUGGAGAUGGUCACUAAAUGUAAAGUUAACCUCGGCUUUGUUGACUAUUUGAGGGUCAGAACAGUACCUGGGUCAACAUAUUUUUGUCGGACGGGGAUGUCCUUCAAAGGUCACAUGACGGAAAAAUUUGUUUUGGUGGACUGUAGAAUCGUGCUCAGCGGUACAUACAGUUUUAUGUGGUCCUUUGAGAAAAUCCAUAGAAGCAUUGCUCAUGUCUUUCAUGGAGAAUUGGUCAACACAUUUGAUGAGGAAUUCCGUAUUCUCUUUGCCCAGUCAAAUCCUAUUAUUAAAGUGGAAACUGCCUUGGUAAAAGCAGACAAUUUAUAUGGAGUGCCCCAGUUUGGAUUUAACAGAAAUCCCCUGCAGAGACAACAGAUGCUAUACCUAAGAGAGGAUCCUGGAAAGCUCUCACAGCACUCUUCUUCAUCCUUCCCAGAACUUGGUGAUACAGAUUUCGGAUUCCCAUCUUUCCGAAGGGAUGAUAUCAUGAGACACACUUUAGAGGUACCUACAAGCCGUAUGAUGAUGCAUAAAUAUGGUACACAAUUUGAGCCAGAUAAAAUGCAGCUCAAUCCUUCACAAAGCUUUAUUCAGGCUAAGAGGUUGGAGAUGGAGGCUUUUAAACGUCACAGUUUUGCAGAAGGGACAUUUGAGAAUUAUUCCACAUCAAGGCAGUUUAUGCAGCAACGACUUAUUGACAGUGCAAAUGAAUUUGAAUUUCAGUCCAGUCACUUUCAGAGAGAACAUCACUUCCAAAUUGAGCGCCCAUUCAAUCUAACCAGACACACCAGGAGUCAAGGGCUGUUUGAAAAAAUCAAGGCUGGCAAAUAUGCAGUGAGAAAUACAGAAGAAUUUGCAGAUGAUCCAAGAAAUACAACAGAUUUUCAUGCCAUAGAUUAUGAAUUGCCAUCAGUUCCGUUCCGCCCAAUGCUAGAUUAUAGAGCCCCACUAUCUUCAGACUCUUCCAAAGAGGUACAUGGGUCAGGAGUGGGGAAUCCUGCAGAAGAUGGGAGAUUUGGACAGAGAUCACAGAAGAGGCAGAAUAUGGGGCAAACGUAUGUCUGCCAGAUCUCACCAACACAAAAACAGAAUUUGGAUCAGAGGUUAUUAUUUCAAGAACCAAAACAGGAUAAAAAGCCUGCUGAUAACAGGCAUGGAUUAAGGAGCUGGAGGAUAUCAUCUUACCUGAGCUCUUACCAGGAUGAGUCAGAUGAAGGUAUUCCAGGGGCUUUAGGCUCCGAAAUGCCUGACGAUGUUAUAAUUCCUGCUGAAUCAACAAGACCCUCCUUUGAGAUCAACUCCCGAAUUAUUAAAGACAUCCCCCAAAUAUCAGUAUCAAACCUAAUUGACUCGUAUUCAAGUAAGGUACUUAAUGUGGACAAAGGUAAAGAGACCUUGUCUUCUGCAGAAAAAGAGAGUGAGGAAAGGGAACCUAAGGAGGUAACAUUAAUUAAACAUGAUUCCUUACGGUCCAGGGUUAAUCCCAUGCUGCAGAGAAGCUCACGGCUGAGGUCCUCUCUUAUCUUCAACUCCUCAAAAUUAGAACAGCAUAUUUCAACUCAGCAAGACAAGUCAAGUCUGCCUCACAAGGACAAAGCAAUAAAUGAAGGGGACAAAGCAACAAAUGAAGGGGAGAAUGAGAGUGAAUCUACAACAAAAGUGACAUCCUCUACCCUUGCUGAUAUUUUAGAAAGACAUCGGUCCCUAACCAGAGGGUCAUACUUGAGCAAGAAAUUUUCUGAUUUAACUUCUAAACAAGAACAGUCAAAAAGUACUGAAAAACUAACAGACAAUAUAGAUUCCAAGCCAUCUUUAUUAAAAGAUUUACCUCAUGUUUCCUCUUCAGAGCAGUUGUCAGUAAAUACUUUGACUGAAAAUUUUGAUACCAAGCCAUCCUUUAGGAAGGAUUUUCUUAAGUCUUCAGUUUCACAGCAGGUGCCUGAAAAUAGUUUAACUGAGAAGUUGGAUUCCAAGCCAUCCUUAAAAGAUUUUGCCUCUACUUCACAACAAGUUUCUGGAAAUUCUAAUGCUGCUAAUGCUGUAAAGUCACUAAUUCAAGAAUUUGAAGUCAUGGAGGCAACCAAAAAUGUCAUAACUGGAAAGGCAGAAAAGACCAAUAUAGAGUCAAAAUCAUUAGAUGUUAAAGGUAACAAGAAUUUACCCAAUCAUGAAUUUAAAUUGGAUGUGGCAGAGCCAGAGAACAAAGAUUUUGUGGUUCCUUUACCUCCAGAAAAAUCAACCAACACUGUUUCAUCUGGUGGUAUUACUCGGAGUGUCACUAUGCGUGAAUCUGCAUCUAAACAAAAUGAAAUUUCAUCUGAUUCUAAGUUCAUUCGGAACAGACCAGUUUCAGCUUCCAUGUCUGAAAAAGUGACUGUUGGCCUUACCAAAAACUUUGGUUCUACUACAUCCUUAAACAUUUCAAAAGAAGAAACAAGCAACAAAGAAAUCUCAGCUUUAGAAAAACUUAGAAGAGAUUCAGUAAAGUUUAGACACUUGGCAAGUCAGAAGGAAGAGAAGAAACAGGAUGAACCAACACCUCCUGCUCCUGUACGCUCUACAAGUGAGGACCAGAGUACCAAACUGUGUAAUGACUCUCAGGAAACUGCCAAAAGCAUAAGGAAUAGAAGCCAGGAUGAUGUGACUACAAAAACUGAGGAGAAAGAAGACAAACUGAAGCAAAGUCCUCUAAUAACACAUGUAGAAGAGAAAGAAGACAAAGUGAAGAAAAGUCCACCCCCUGUGAAGAGCAACCCACCCUCUCAGAAUAGGUUUCCUUCAUCCUCCACCAACAUGCUAUAUGGCACAAACCUUAGAGAUGACACUAAAGUAAUCCUAGAGCAGAUUUCUGCCAAUAGCCAGAAGAACAGGUCAGAUGCAUCCAAACAAAACCAACAGACUACAACCAAUGAAGCAGAUGAUGCCAAGCAAAGUGCAAUCUCUGCUGCCAGCAAGGAAAUUGCAACUUCAGAGGUGAUUGACUCAGAAAAGCCUUCUCGGCCUUUCUCAAGGUAUGAAAACCUACUGAACAAGAAUCGGUACAACAAGGCAGGAGGAGCAUCAGAGGAAAGGGAUGACUUAAUUAAGAAGAUGGACAGUAUCCGUAAGGAGAAACGAGUGUACAGUAGGUUUGAAGUGUUCUACAAAAAUAAAGAUGAGGACAAAGGCAAUGAGAAAGAUGAUGACAACCAAAGUGACAAGUUACCCAAGGAAAAGAAGUCUGCAAAGUUCCAGGUGUUUACAAGUGAACCAGAACAGAAAGCAGGAGUCAGAGUCCUACCUCAGGCCAUCCAAAAUCAUUCAAGAGAUGAAGAAAGCAGAACGGACUUUUCCCUUUCAUAUAAAAACUUGAUGGACCUAGAUGAAAGUAGAAAGAAAAGGUCCAUAGAGCAAAGUAGUUUGAUGAACUUGAUGAUGGACUGUAAGAAAAUAAGACUUUUAAGUAACAUCACUUACAAUGAAAGGAAUAAUCACUGAUCAUCUCUAAGACAGUCAGAAUGUUUUAUAAGCACUGAUAUAAUCUAAAUGCCAAUUUCAAUUUGCCACCAAGUACCAAAAUUACGAAUAAAACAGAGGCAGUAAACCAUCUCUCAACAUAUAAUAAUACAUCGGUCAAGCAACAUAUAUGUAUUAAUGACAGUGGGCCUGCAACACUUUGGUCAUACUGGCAAAUCCCAUGAAGGAAACAUACAAAUGAUGGUGUUAAAUUCCUACAUCAAAUGUAAUAUAUUGAUAAAAGGACUUCAGAAAUCCCUGAAAACUCAGUGCCCCAAACUUCCUUAAAGGUUGUUUUGCAUGCUGUCAAACAGGGAAUUUGGAAUAAAGUUGAGGGAGUACUUGAAUACUUUGGAAUGCAGGCUAGACUACCAAAGAUGCAAUGUAUGUACUGAUUAAAUAAAAAUAAAAUAGUCUUUUUGUUAA